CUGCAGCUAGCCAAGUUAAUUAUGUAUCAUAUUCAAUUGUUGCCCUGCAUUUGCAGGCCUUGUGCAAAUUUACUGAAAUCUCAAAGCACCUGUUUCAUGAAAUACAACAAUGGAAGGAUGGUGGGUCAUUUUACAAAUGUCCCUCGUAAUGCCAAUAUGGAGAGCCUGCGAAAUGGAUACUUGUUUCCUGAGAUAGCUGCACGUGAGCUUGAACACGCUCAAAAAUACCCACAAGAAAAGUUGAUAAGGCUUGGAGUUGGUGAUACCACUGAGCCUAUACCGGACAUCAUAACAUCUGCCAUGGCUGAGCAUGUGCAUGCUCUAUCAACAUUUAGAGGUUACAGAGGGUAUGGAGCUGAGCAAGGCAACAUGGAAUUACGGAAGGCAAUUGUAAAAACAUUUUACGGAGAUAUAGGUGUUAAAUGUAAUGAGAUUUUUGUAUCAGAUGGUGCACAAUCUGACAUUUCUCGCCUUCAGAUGCUGCUAGGAUCUAAUGUGACUAUAGCUGUGCAGGACCCAUCUUUUCCGGCAUAUAUAGACACAAGUGUCAUAAUUGGUCAAGCCGGAAAGUUCAUGGAGGAAAGUGGAAAGUAUGAACACAUUGUGUACAUGAACUGUAGGCCAGAAAAUAAUUUCUUUCCUGACUUAUCGAACACACCGAGGACAGACAUUAUUUUCUUCUGCUCACCAAACAAUCCAACUGGUAAUGCUGCUUCAUACCAGCAAUUGCAGCAACUAGUGGAGUUUGCAAUGAAAAACGGAUCAAUUCUCGUUUAUGAUUCUGCUUAUGCUGCUUAUAUCACAGAUGGAAGUCCGAAAUCAAUCUUCGAAAUUCCUGGUGCAAGAGAGGUUGCAAUUGAAAUUUCAUCUUUCUCCAAAUUUGCUGGGUUCACAGGCGUCCGUCUGGGUUGGACUGUGGUCCCUGAACAGCUAUCGUAUGCUAAUGGAUUUCGGAUCAUAAAGGAUUUUAAUCGUGUCGUGUGCACCUGCUUCAAUGGUGCAUCUAAUAUUGCUCAAGCUGGUGGACUUGCAUGCCUUUCUUCGGAGGGUUAUCAGGCGUUGAAUGGUGUGAUUAACCACUACAUGGAGAAUGCAAAAAUAAUUUUUGACUCGUUUGCAUCGAUUGGAUUGAAUGUAUAUGGCGGGAAAAAUGCACCGUUUAUAUGGGUUCAUUUUCCGGGUUUGAGAUCUUGGGAUGUAUUUAAUCAGCUUCUUGACAAAGCACAUAUACUAACUGUUCCAGGUGAAGGAUUUGGUCCCGGAGGUGAAGAGUUCAUUAGGGUUAGCGCAUUUGGGCACAGAGAGAGUAUUUUAGAAGCUUCUAGGAGGCUAAAAAUGCUUUUUAAAUAA